ACCAGAGGGCAGGGAUUUCACUGAAAUGAAAGCGGAAGCAAACAGCCUUCGAGCAAAACCAUUUCGGGUCUGGCUGGGGCUGGGAGACACCAAAAGCCCUUCAGAAGGUACAAACAGGAGUUCAGCUGUGGUGGAUUCUGCCACUGUGCCCAGCUCUGAAGCCUCAGCUCUUGCCAAACAGACUGGAGACCUAUGUCAGCCCCGAAGGAUGGCCAGGCCCUCCAUGCCCUUCUGGAAGAGCAGGCCAGACUCAAGAUGAGGCUGCAGGAGCUGCAGCAGCAGAGAAAGGAGGUCGGGGACUCCCCCAGAGACAAGGUCUUAUUUUCAGUGCCGAAGAUCCCCUUGGUAUUCCGAGGACACACCCAGCAGGACAGCGAAAUGCCUAAGUCUUUAAUUUCCAAUUUGAGGAUCCACUGCCCUCUGCCUGCAGGCUCUGCUCUGGUCACCUUUGAUGACCCCAAAGUGGCUGAGCAGGUGCUGCAGCAAAAGGAGCACACGAUCGACAUGGAGGAGUGCCGGCUGCGGGUGCAGGUCCAGCCCUUGGAGCUGCCCAUGGUCACCACCAUCCAGGUGUCCAGCCAGAUGAGGAGCCAGAGGGUGUUAGUCAGUGGAUUUCCUGCCACCCUCAGUCUGAGUGAGGAGGAGCUGUUGGACAAGCUAGAAAUCUUCUUUGGCAAGACUAAGAACGGGGGUGGCGAUGUGGAGGUUCGGGAGCUGCUGCAAGGGAGUGUCACGCUGGACUUUGCUAAGGAUGGAGUGGCCCAGCGCCUGUGCCAGAUUGGCCAAUUCAGAGUGCCACUGGGUGGGCAGGAAGUCCCUCUGAGAGUCUCUCCCUGCAUGAAUGGGGAGAUCCAGAAGGCUGAGAUCAGGUUGAAGCCAGUGUCCCGCUCUGUGCUGGUGCUCAACAUUCCUGAUGUCCUGGAUGGCCCGGAGCUGCAUGACGUCCUGGAGAUCCACUUCCAGAAGCCCACGCGGGGGGGCGGGGAGGUAGAAGCCCUGACAGUCAUACCCCAAGGACAGCAGGGCCUAGCAGUCUUCACUUCGGAGUCAGGCUAGGGCCUCCCUUCUCAUCCUCCCUGCCCCCUCCCAAGGUUCUCAUGCCAGGCUGGACUUGGGUACCUAUGUAGGAGGUCUUUCCAUUCACCAACAGCGGGGAGGGAUUCCACAUUGCAAAACACCGCUGAGAACAGUAAAAAGCCAGCAUGGCAUGA